AUGGAGAUAACUUUUAUUUGGAAGUACCUGAUGCUUCUAUUUUGCUUCUCAGGGACCCACUCAACACCCCAGAGGAACUGGAAGUUGAAAAUGUUAAUUGAUGAGAUGGAGCACCUCUUUACUGUGGAGGAAUUAGACCACAAAUCUGGGGGUCCUCGGAGGCCACCCACAUUCAUGACUAACUUAUUCCAUCGAGUGGCCCACCCCAAUGGCAUCAGCAAGACUGAAGGUGCCUUGAUAGGAAAUAUGGUGAGAAGUUUUGAGGAGAAAGUACACAUCAACCAGUCUCAUUUUUUCUUCAACCUCUCUUCUGUUGGCCAACAUGAGAAGAUAUUACGAGCUGAACUCCAUGUAUUUAAACUCAGCCAAUCGCAAGAGCUCUUGAGUGAAGAUAAGAUUGUUCAUUACAGUAGAGUGGAAGUCCAUGAACUUUUAGGUCCCACAGCAGAGGCUGAACGUGGUAGUCUCCUUACAUCUAGGAAUCUUCCUCUGAAGUCAGAAGGCUGGCUGGUAUUUGAUGUCACUGAGACGGUAAAUGAUUGGGUCCAUGGCAACUUUUCUGACCGGAGCUUUUUGGUACUUACAACGAAGAAUGUUGGCCCCCCUUUGAAUUAUAGCUAUCAUAGAACUGACCGAAAAUGGAAGAAUAAGGAGAACAGGAAUUCCUUACUUGUUCUCUUCACCGAAAAAGAAGACCAUGAACCUCUUAGAAGUGGAUACCUGGCACCACCAUUGAUGUUUCAGCCGGAUAGACAGACGAAUUCUAGCUUUUUGGAUUUCCUUGGACUUGUUGAAUCACCUCCCAACGUCAACAUCAGCCACGGCAUCCGGAAAUCCAGAAGCAUUGCUAAGAACGAAUUUGUUCCAAAGGGCUGCCAGAAAGCUCCUCUUUAUGUGGAUUUUGAGAAAAUAGGGUGGUCAAAAUGGGUUAUUUCCCCCAAAGGAUACCAAGCCAACUACUGCAGGGGAAAAUGUUUAUUUCCCUUGGGCCAUGGGGCAGAGGCCUCCAAUCAUGCCUGCUUCUUGUCCUUUGUUGUUCGCUUCAAGCUCGACCCAAAUGUGUCUAGGCCCUCUUGCGUCCCUAGAAAACUGAAUUCCAUCAACCUCUUGUAUUAUGAUGAUUUAAACAACGUAGUGCUCAAACAGUACAAAGAUAUGGUGGCUGAUAGCUGCAGCUGUCAGUAA